AUGACGGUUCAGUAUGGGCAAAAGGAAGAUGUAAGUGAAAACCUGGAUGAAAGUGUUGACCAGAUCACUCAAUCAAUAACAAAACCCGAAACUUUGAUCCUGGAAACGUCAAAAGAUGCUGUUGAGUCACACAAUGACCUAAUCAUCUCUGAAAUGCUCGCAUCCUUGUCAGUAUUGGAAGAGAAAGAGGCCACUGUAAUGAAAAGGCACCGUGCCAUGCGUCAUGGCAACAAAAUAAUUCACGGGUUAAGUGAAGUCUUUGAGCUAGAUAGCAACGAGCGGGGAACGGUUGAACUACUGGACGUGACCCCAGAAGAUAUGCCACCUCUUCCACCUCCAAUACAAGCCAAACUCACAGCACAAGAGAGAAAGAGAGGCAAUAUCAUCCAUGAGAUCUUAAACUCAGAGCGGGACUAUGUUAAAAACCUACGUGAUAUCUAUGAGGGUUACUACAAGCAGUGUCAGAAAGCAAAGGAUUUGUUCCCUCAUGCCCGACUGAAAACGCUCUUUUCCAACAUUGUGGACAUCUACAAAACGCACAAGAAAUUACUUCAGAACCUGGAGUGGCAUUACAGACCAAACAAACCACACUUGAGUGAGUUUGGCGCUUGUUUCCUUCAAGAAAAUGCAGGCUUCUUGAUGUAUGCUGAAUACUGCAACAACCAUGUCAAUGCUCUUGCUGAAUGGGCUAAACUCAUCGUCGUCGAAAAAUACGCUUACUUUUUUGAGGUUUGUCGAAGGCGGCAGAAAAUGAUGAGCCUCCCUUUUGAUGGAUUUCUCAUAAUGCCAGUGCAGAAGAUCUGUAAAUAUCCACUACUGCUAUCAGAACUGCUUAAAGCCACUCCACCUGAGCACAGGGAUUAUAAGAAUGUGGAAGCUGCCAUCGUUGCCAUGAAGAAUGUUCUUAAUAGGAUUAAUAAUCAGACGGCUGAUGAUAACGAAGACAAAAUCACAAGAUUACAGAACAUCAUUUCAGGUUGGCAGGGUGAAGAUCUCAUAGUCCUCAGCACUCAACUGAUCCAACGUGGUGAUCUAAUUGUUCUCAUGCGUCCACGUGCCAGGGCAAAGCAAUUUCUGGCAUUUCUCUUUGACCAUCAGAUGAUUUUAUGCAAGAAGGACCUGCUACGUCGUAAUGCAUUGUACUUCAAAGCAAGGAUCGACAUUGACCAAAGCAUAGUGAAGGAUGUGGAAGAUGGAAGGGAUGAAGAAUUCGAUUGCCGGGUCAGGAAUGCUAUCAAACUUAAAAGCAAGUUUGAGGAUAAACCUAGCAAACUUCUUUUUACAAAGAAUCUCGCAGACAAGCAAUUAUGGCUUCAUGCCUUUGAGGAGGAAAGAAAAAUAUCUGAAGGCGAGCUAGAAGCAGAAGAAAGCUACUAUGACUUUCCAGCACUGAAUGUUUCAACAGUCACCCAGGAACAGAUGUCCUUUUUGGCACAACCCAAACGCAGGCAAUCGAGCUUCUGGCGCAAAUUUGGGAAUAAACCAACGCCAAUUAAAGAGUGA